GGUGUGUGUGGAGCCCGCAGGGAGCAGGAGGGGAACCGAGAGGGCUGCUUCCUUCCGCGUGGCAGCUCUUCACGGUCUGCUGACGGCUUCUGUGCCGUUCCCUGACGCUCUCAUUCGGGGACUGAGCACCCUCGGUGCCUGUGACUCUGUAGAGGGGCCUGGCCCCAGGUUGCCGUCCUGGGUGUCGUUUACACCUCACCCAAGACGUGCAAGGUGCCCAGGCCUGGAAGAAACGAUCCACUCAUCACCCGUCUGAUCAGCGUACGGAUCAGAGUAGGAAUCUUCGCUUCCACGCCUGAACCCGCCCCCCGGUGCCACCAAGGGCUGAGUGACUGGGCUCCCGGCGUCCCCACCCUUCUGGGGGGGAGGCAUUUCCCAGCUCUUCCCGUCGGGAGGCGGAGCUGCUUCCCCAGCCCAAGCGCCGCCUAGACUCUCGGCGGUCAGCGGAGCACGGCACAGGUCGUCAACACUCCACACCAGCAGCACUGCCCAGGACAGGAUUAUCUAUCACAGCGGCUCAUGUCAGACUUGUCAUCCACGACGCUCGCCUGGUAACUGUACCUGUCCCAGUUUCUCGCCCUGCGCUGUGGGUGCGGUGGUUUCCGGUUGCGUGUGGCGAUGGAACGCUCAAGUGAGCCGAGCCUCAGCGGAGACGCGCCCUAAACCUGGCAUGCACGCCCAAUCCUGAAGGCCUAGUAUAAAAAAAAGGAAGAAACAAGAAAUAUUCCACAGACCAAUAAUUCUGAAACGAAAAACAUUUGCAUCUGAGAUUGAAAUUAUCGGGUGACCUAGUUACAUAAGCCGCCUUCCUUCCUCCACCUUCUCUGCCAGCCGCCCCGUGCGCUCUGCAGCGGGCCGGGGGAGGCAGGCUUGCGGUGGGGCGGCUCUCCCCACGCCGCCCACCCUCGCGGGGAAGAACCCCGGGCGCUGCCUGGGGCAGGGCGUAGGGCGCGCGUGGGAGCACGUCCUCGCCCUCAGUCGGCCCGGCGGCCGUGGACUUGUGAAGACCCGAGAAGUCUGAAACUAAAAGAGGAAAACUCUGCGGCUGCCGGUUUGUGGAACCAAGAGGUCCUCCUCGCAUCGACUCACUCCUACCCCCGUGCUUUCUCCGCUGGUGAGCCGGAGGGAUCGAGCCACACGUUUUCCCCCCUAUGUUAUCCCUGCAUUUUUGGCCCAGAUCAAGUACCACCAUGAGUGAGGACUCAAUGAAUUUCAGCGACGCGAACCUCUUCACGGAAGAUUAUUUUCCGUCUGAUUACAGCAACGACACGUACGUUGACGACAACUUGCUGUGUUCCCUGCAGGAGGUGAGAGACUUCUCCAGGCUGUUCGUGCCGGUCACCUACUCCCUGAUCUGCGUGUUUGGGCUCGUGGGCAACGCUCUGGUGGUGGUGACCUUCGCUUUCUACAAGAAGGCCCGGUCGAUGACGGACGUCUACCUGCUGAACAUGGCCGUGGCAGACGUCCUUUUCGUCCUCACCCUGCCCUUCUGGGUAGUGAACCACGCUGCCGGGGCGUGGGUUUUCAGCAACGCCACCUGCAAGCUGGCGCGGGGCAUCUACGCGGUGAACUUCAACUGCGGCAUGCUGCUCCUGGCCUGCGUCAGCAUGGACCGCUACGUCGCCAUCGUGCAGGCCACCAAGGCCUUCCGGCUGCGGUCCAGGACCCUGCCGCACAGCAGGGCCAUCUGCCUGGCCGUGUGGCUGCUGUCCGUCCUGAUCUCCAGCUCCACCUUCACCUUCAACCAGAAAUACCCCCUGCAGGGCGGCUACGUCUGCGAGCCCAGGUACGACGCCGACUCGGACCCCAUCAAGUGGAAGCUGCUGAUGCUGGCGCUCGAGCUCCUCUUCGGGUUCUUCGUCCCUCUGGCCUUCAUGGUGUUCUGCUACGCCUUCAUCGUCAGGACCCUGGUGCGAGCUCAGAAUUCCAAGAGGCACAGAGCCAUCCGCGUGAUCGUGGCGGUGGUGCUCGUGUUCCUGGCCUGCCAGAUCCCUCACAACCUGGUCCUCCUCGUGACCGCCGCAAACCUGGGCCGCGCGAACCGGGCGUGCCCCGGCGAGAAAGCCAUGGCCUACGCCAGGCACGUCACGGAGGUCCUGGCCUUCCUCCGCUGCUGCCUCAACCCCGUGCUCUACGCUUUUGUCGGCCAGAAGUUCAGGAGCUACUUUCUGAAGAUCAUGAAGGACCUGUGGUGCGUGAGGAGGAAGUACAAGUCCCAGGGCUUCUCUUGCUCCAGGAUGCACUCAGAGACCUUCGUCUCCCGGCAGACCAGCGAGACCGCAGAUAACGACAACGCGUCGUCCUUCACCAUGUGACGUGCAGGGG